UGUCAAAAGCAGGAAGUGGACGAUUUUGUCGCUCCUCUUCUUUUAUCGCAGAUUUUUCACUGGUGUAAGACAACAACGUGCUCACGAACUCGUUUAUUUAUGCUCUGUAAGGCAAACGGCAUGCCAGCAAAACAAUUAUUCACGCAAAAGAAAUCAAGACAAACGUGACACUGAUGCUGAUGAUUAGCCCCAGAAUGGCCUCAGGAGUGCAAGAGAAACAGUACACGGCAUCUCUGCUCAAUUUCUUUGUUUAUAAUCCCACAUUUGGACCGCGGGAAGGAGAGGAAGAGAAGAAGAUUCUUUUUUAUCACCCCAGUGAUGUGGAGAAGAAUGAGAAGAUCCGAAAUGUGGGCCUGUGUGAAGCUAUUGUCCAAUUUACCAGAACAUUCUGCCCAACAAAACCAGCAAAAUCCCUGCACACGCAGAAGAACCGACAGUUUUUCUUUGAGCCUGAGGACAAUUUUUGGAUGGUCAUGGUGGUUCGAAACCCAAUGAUCGAAAAACCAAACAAAGAUGGCAAACCUCCUACAAUCGAGUAUCAGGAAGAGGAAAUUCUUGACACAGUCUAUGGUGCAGUGGUAAAGCAGUGCUACAGUAUGUAUAAGCUUUUCAAUGGUACCUUUGGGAGAGCCAUGGAGGCUGGCGGAGUGGAGCUGCUAACUCAGAAGCUUGAAAAGUUCUUCUACAGGUAUCUGCAGACUCUCCACCUGCAGUCCUGUGACCUGCUGGAUGUAUUUGGAGGUAUCAGCUUCUUCCCGCUGGACAAGAUGACAUACCUGAAGAUCCAGUCGUUCGUCAACCGCGUGGAGGAGAGUCUCAGUCUCAUCAAAUACACAGCCUUCCUGUAUAACGACCAGCUCAUCUGGAGCGGCCUGGAACAAGAUGACAUGAGGAUCUUGUACAAGUACUUGACCACAUCGCUGUUCCCCAGGCACUCCGAGCCGGAGUUGGCCGGCAGGGACUCUCCUCUGAGGCCAGAAGUUGCAGGCAAUUUGUUGCACUACGGGAGGUUUUUGACAGGACCAGCCAAUCUUAAAGACCCUGAGGCCAAAUUCCGUUUCCCCAAAAUAUUUGUCAGCGCAGAGGAGGGCCAUGAGGAGCUGCAUCUGAUUGUGUAUAAGGCGAUGAGUGCCGCUGCCUGUUUUAUGGUCAAUGCCUCUGUGGAGAUGACGAGGGAGUUUUGUGAGCAGUUGGACGGCUUGGUGGGUCCGCAGCUCACCUUACUGGCGUCUGAUAUAUGCGAACAGUUCACGCUCAACCGCAGGAUAUCAGGGCCGGAGAAGGAGCCCCAGUUUAAGUUUAUUUACUUCAACCACAUGAACCUGGCAGAGAAAAGCACGAUACACAUGAGGAAGACGGCCAGUGUCUGUCUCACCUCUGUCCAUCCUGACCUCAUGAAGAUUCUGGGGGACAUCAACUGUGACUUCGCCAGAGUUGAUGAAGAUGAGGAGAUCAUUGUAAAAGCUAUGACAGACUACUGGGUUGUUGGCAAAAAGUCCGACCAGAGAGAACUGUACGUGAUCUUAAAUCAGAAGAAUGCCAAUCUGAUUGAAGUCAAUGAGGAGGUUAAGAGGCUUUGUGCGACACAAUUCAACAACAUAUUCUUCCUGGACUGAUGGAAUGAACACAGAGACUUUUUGACCACACUACAAACUGUCAGUGUUGCGGGGUACACGGCAGCAUCAGUGUAAUGCAAAAGUUGCAUUGUAAAAUUAAAAAAACUAAAAUAUUUCUCAUCAUUAUUUGUAAUUUAACCUUAAAAAUGUCAUUUUGUAAGUAAGUGUACAUAUGUACUUCUUCAUGUCAUUGUCUUUGCACAUAACUUUUUAGAGAAUUCUUUCUUAAGAUGUCAAUGUGUCUUUUCAUUGUACACUGUUUCUGUUCCUCAAACUGCUAUUUCGAUUUUUUUUUUUUUUUUUUUUUUUAAGAAUAUCACAUCAGAACUUAGUUUUUUAAACAACUACUAAAUUUUAAUAAA